AUGACACUACAAUUAGUAGACCGAUCGAUCAAAUAUCCUCUCGGGAUACUAGAAGAUGUGCCGUUGAAAGUAGGUGACUUCUAUGUGCUGGUAGAUUUUGUGGUAAUGGACAUGAACGAAGACACGAGAAUACCUAUUAUCCUUGGUCGACCUUUCUUAAACACAGCAGAUGCAAUAGUGCAUGUAAGAGCAGGUAGACUCACUUUGAAGAUCGGAGGUGAAACAGUUGAGUUCACACUAGAUAAGAACCUUAAACAACCAAUGUCUGUAGACUCUGUCUGUUACAUCGACGCUCUAGAUGCGCUAGCAGAUGAAUUCUUGGAAGAGUCCCGCGACCUUGAUCCUUGA